AUGUCAGUAUCAAAUGGUUUGCCUAAGUUCACAGGCUUCAUUCGACGCUUAGUCGAAGACGGACGCAUGACUGCUGAAAAUAUGCAGCAGGCAAUGCUCUCUGCAAAAAAGGCUCAGCAAGACAUCGUUCCUUAUCUGAUUGAAAAUCAUAAACUCUCCCCACAAAUGAUCGCUGAAACGAUUUCUUUAGAGUUUGGCGAGCCUGUUUUUGACUUAAGUGUCUAUGAUUCGGUACAAAUUCUACGGGAUCUGGUCGAAGACAAACUUAUCACCAAGCAUCGUGUGUUGCCGAUUUACCGUCGUGGCAAUAUCCUCUAUAUCGCCACCAGCAAUCCAACCAACAUGGAUGCGAUGGACGCGAUUCGUUUCAAUUCUAAAAUGAAUAUUGAAGCGAUUAUUGUUGAACAUCCUCAGCUUGAAAAACUAAUCGAACAAAAUUUCGCGCAAGCCGAUAGCUUUGAAUUUUCUGAUGAAGAUAUUGAUUUAGACCUAGAACAAGGACAUCAAGACUCAAAUGACGAAGAAGAUGACUCACCUCAAGGGGAUGAAGCUCCGAUCGUCAAAUACAUCAAUAAAUUACUGAUCGAUGCGAUUCGUAUGGGCGCAUCAGAUUUACACUUUGAACCUUAUGAAAAAUCUUACCGUGUCCGUUAUCGUGUAGAUGGGGUUCUGCGUCAUAUUGCCAGUCCACCACUACAACUGGCGACUCGUCUUGCCUCACGUUUAAAAGUUAUGUCACAAAUGGACAUCUCUGAAAAGCGCGUCCCGCAAGAUGGCCGGAUUAAAUUAAAGCUGUCGAAAAGCAAAGCCAUCGACUUCCGUGUCAACUCACUUCCAACC